GCUGUGCAGCCUCAGACUCGCUUAUCGUUAGACAACACGAGUCACCGCCGGCGGACGCACAUUCCCAGUUUCACACCCGACGCCAACGUUGAAGCUUCUCGUCGAAACGCUGCCUCUCGGAGCGUCGUGUCAGCGGAACGACAUGGGGGACCGAGUAGCUUUACUGCUGCUGGCUGUAGCGGCGUCGGCUCUGGCCGCCGAGGUGCCUACAGAUGUUUCUAUGGGUCUUUUGGCGGAGCCCCAGGUGGCCAUGUUCUGCGGCGAACUCAACAUGCACAUCAACGUGCAAAGUGGCAAGUGGGAGCCAGACCCCUCGGGCACCAAGGGCUGCAUUGGCACCAAGGAGGGCAUCCUGCAGUACUGCCAGGAGGUGUAUCCAGAGCUCCAAAUCACCAAUGUGGUGGAGGCCAACCAGCCAGUCAGCAUCCAGAACUGGUGCAGGAGCAGAAGCAAGCAGUGUCGCAUGCACAUCGUGGUGCCCUACCGCUGCCUGGUGGGAGAAUUUGUGAGCGACGCCCUGCUCGUUCCCGACAAGUGCAAGUUCCUGCACCAGGAGCGCAUGGACCAGUGCGAGAGCCACCUCCACUGGCACACUGUGGCCAAAGAGUCCUGCGGAGACCGCACCAUGAACCUCCAUGACUACGGGAUGCUGUUGCCGUGCGGCAUCGAUCGCUUCCGAGGAGUGGAGUUUGUGUGCUGUCCCGCUGAAGCGGAGCGUGAAGUGGACAGCGCCGAGCAAGAUGCUGAUGAUUCAGAUGUCUGGUGGGGCGGAGCAGAGACCGACUACUCUGACAACAGUAUGGUGCGGGAGCCAGAGCCAGUGGAGAAGCAAGAGGAAACCAGGCCAUCUGUGGUUGAGGGGGUCGUGAGUGAGAAGGAGGAAGCCGAGGAGGUGGCGGAGGAAGGUGAUGACGAGGAGGAGGAGGAAGAGGAAGUGCUGGACAACGACCAGGAUGGAGACGGGGAGGAGGAUGAAGAUCUAGUGGAGGAGGAGGACGAGGAGGAUGACGACGAAAUGGUGGACCCGCUGGAUGACGACGAUGCUGAUGACGCCGAUGAGCCUAUCACCAACGUUGCCAUGACGACCACCACCACUACCACCACCACAGAGUCUGUGGAGGAAGUUGUCAGGGAUGUGUGCUGGGCUGAUGCAGAGACCGGUCCGUGCCGGGCCAUGCUGCCCCGCUGGUACUUUGACCGCCAGGAGGGCCGCUGUGUGCAUUUUAUCUACGGCGGCUGCGGAGGCAACAGGAAUAACUUUGAGUCAGAGGAGUACUGCCUGUCUGUCUGCAGCAGCGUCCUACCCACGGCCACACCCAACUCCCCCGACGCUGUGGACCACUACCUGGAGACGCCCGCCGACGAGAACGAACACGCCCACUUCCAGAAGGCCAAAGAGAGUCUGGAGGCCAAGCACCGCGAAAGGAUGUCCCAGGUGAUGAGAGAGUGGGAGGAGGCUGAAAGAGAAGCCAAGAACCUCCCACGUGCUGACAAGAAGGCUGUCAUCCAGCGUUUCCAGGAGAAAGUGGAGGCUCUGGAGCAGGAGGCAACCAGUGAACGCCAGCAGCUGGUAGAAACCCACAUGGCCCGAGUGGAAGCUCUGCUCAACAGCCGCCGCCGCUUGGCUCUGGAGAGCUACCUGACGGCGCUGCAGCAGGAGCCACCCAGGCCUCGCCAUGUCUUCAGCCUGCUGAAGAAGUACGUGCGCGCCGAGCAGAAGGACAGGCAGCACACUCUGAAACACUUCGAACACGUCCGCAUGGUGGAUCCCAAGAAGGCUGCACAGAUUAGGCCCCAGGUGCUGACCCACCUACGCGUCAUUGAGGAGCGCAUGAACCAGUCCCUGGGACUCCUCUACAAGGUGCCCGGUGUGGCUGACGACAUUCAGGACCAAGUUGAGCUUCUGCAGAGAGAGCAGUCUGAGAUGGCACAGCAGCUGGCCAACCUGCAGACGGACGUGAGGGUGAGCUACGGCAACGAUGCCCUGAUGCCCGACCAGGAGAUAGGAGACGGCCAGACCGACCUUUUGCCCCAGGGAGACACGAUGGCCUUGGGAGGAGCUGGCUUCAUUCACCCUGAGAGCUUCAACCAGCCCAACACUGAGAACCAGGUUGAGCCAGUGGACUCUCGCCCCAGUUUUGACAGAGGCAUCCCAACACGACCAGUGACUGGAAUGAAGAUGGAAGCUUAUCCUGAGCUGCGAAUGGAGACGGAGGACCGACAGAGCACCGAGUACGAGGUUCACCACCAGAAACUGGUCUUCUUCGCAGAGGACGUCGGCUCCAACAAGGGCGCCAUCAUUGGCCUGAUGGUCGGAGGGGUCGUCAUUGCAACCGUGAUAGUCAUCACCUUGGUGAUGCUGAGGAAGAAGCAGUACACCUCAAUUCACCACGGAGUCAUCGAGGUGGAUGCUGCUGUCACCCCUGAGGAGCGCCACCUGUCUAAGAUGCAGCAGAAUGGCUAUGAGAACCCAACCUACAAGUUCUUUGAGCAAAUGCAGAACUGAGGAGUACAUUUUCUCUCUCUCACAUACAUGCGCGCACACACACACACACACACUGAAAUAUCUCUUUCCACACAUCACGCACCCCUGCCUCGUCCUCCCCAUCUGUCCCAUGUCUCCACAGGGCAGUGUGGCUUAGAUCACUGAGUGACUGAAAUAGUCAGUUACAAGCGUCGUGUCUGUAACCUGGGUUUUCUUUUCAGUCUUGCCUGGGUGGUCACUGUGGCCAAGCCUGUUUGCGCCAUGUUGGCUCACCUAAUGGGAGUAAAUUGGCUGUUAUUUAAAGAAAAUGGGGCUUUACUGUAUAUGGUUCCUCGACUCAGCCUGCCUUGCCCAGUGCAUCGAAAAUAAACCCGCCAAAAGGGGAGACAAGUGCAUUUGUUCCACCCUGAUUAAGGGCCAGAGCGUAGGUGGGUUUCAGUUUUCUUGAACAUUUUAGGCCAAUCUGACCACUGAUCAGUAGGAGAAGAAGUGUAGAUCGACUGGGGCCUUGUUUUCAAUAAAUUGGUUGCAUGCAUAUGUAUUGAUCAGUCACUUCAAAUCAUCCAACAUUUGGACAUAUUGAUUAGCUUCUAUCAUAUUCUUUGUAAUGAUUGUACAAUGAUCUAUAGAUUUAAAUCAAGCAACAUGAUUUUUUUUCCCCAAAUGGGGCCCAGUGUUUCCCCACCUAAUGCACCACUACUGCACUCUACAGUCAACACUGGAGUAUAAGCGAGCCUCCUCUCCCUCCCUGCCUCAUCCACGUCUCCCUCCAUCCUCCUCCUCUGCACAUUCAUACAACAGCUGGGCUGUGUUAAGUCACACAAGGCUCUAAUGGGUAUCUGGAGAUGAUGAUGACUGUAGUAAUUAUGUAUCCUGAAUGAGCUGUUUUUUUUCUCUAUGGUCUCCAGUUUUUUCAAAAAAGAAUGGGGGGGAAAAAGGAGGAAAAAAAAGUCUACCGAUGUAAAGUUCUUUUUUUAAAUUGCGUGUAAUGUUACUGGAGUAAUGCUGAAGUCUUAGCCGUUCCUAUGUAGUGCAUGACAACAAUGACGACAGGAUUUGGGAAACAAAGAACAAGAUCUUAACGCUGCUCUCUCUUCAGAUCCUUUCUCACGUAUAGAUUGUCAUUCUAGCAAGAUUGUACAUUUAGUAUCUUGUGAUCACGUGACUUCAAACGGAUGAAAAAUAUAAAUAUAGAAGUCUAGACAAAUAGGCUCUGCUUUCAUAUCAUGUAAUUAAAAGGGAUCUGUGAUUUUCGAAUUUAAGUGUUCCACAGUUGUUGUUUGUUUUUUUUCCUGAACCUUGCCUCAUUCCUGGAGGUACAGGAUGGGGUGGGCUUCAUCUCUGUUGUAUAUUAUUCACAUCCAAUGAAAUCUAUUGUUACAAACCUUUCAGCAUCCCAUUUAAUUUUUACUUUUGUGUUUGAUUCAUGUUAUCUGCAAAAAGCAUGUUAAAGAGGUGAAGGUUCCAGAGAUCAGAAGAAUGCGAGAAACCAGCAUGGGGAAUGGAUUAGGAUUAUCGCUGUGUGUUUUGUCAUUUUCAGUCUGUCUGGUGUUCGGUUUAGUUGUAAGCGGAUGCUGUCUCUUUUUAAUUUCUUUAAUAAUAAUUUUGCGCUCUAGUGAUGGAACAGGUGAGGGUGCUGGGAGGUAUGAGGUAAGUUAGAGGAUAUGUCUUGCAGUUCCAGAUGGAUAACCAGCCAGGCAGCCAGCCUGUGUGCGCGUGUGUGUGUGUAAUAUAUUGGAUUUCACCUCCCCCCAGCACCUCUCCCUUCCUCUCUCGCAUUCCCUUCCUUCAGGCAUGCUGCUCACCUCUCUGUCAUCAAUGCACACAAGACUCCUCAGACGCCUCUCGCCAUAGUCUGUAUCUAGAUGACAGGCGAUCACCAUAGAGAGGGGGCUGGCGUUGAGGAUGUGAGAGCUGGGUCUGAAUAUUAUUGAGGAAAAUUCAGGCUUAAUGCCAUCAUUGAAGAAUCCCCCCCGUUCAUCUUCAUUCAGUCAAGUCGUGGAGGUUUGUCACCAACCCAACAUUAUAUAGAAAGAAGUGGAGUGUGACCGAUCACUCGGAUAAUACAUAGAGAGGAAGCACAGGGAAGAAAUGCUGAACGAAAUGUACAUAUGGAAGCUGCAGUGGGGUGGGUUCGUGGUUUUCAGAGGGUGCUCAUUAGAAGCCCAACAGAGGGCAGUAGAGUAGAAGAGGAAAGCAGGAUUUUCUUUUUUUUUUUUUCUCUGUGGGUUAUAUAUUGUUUUUAUUUUCCACUGUGUUAUAUUGUGCAGGCAUUUGCAUUGACUGGGAAACUGCUUUCUACACUGUAUUCCAUAAUAAAGUUUUGAAUGUACAUACAAA